AUAAAUUAAAUUUCAAAAUCGAGAGAGAGAGGAGACUAAACACCACCACUCCCACGGUGGAGUCUUCAUCGCAACAAAUUUUCCGGCAAACGUUCUCCACCUUAAAAAUCCUUCUUUGCAUGUUUUCUAUUCAUCGUUUAUCAAAACUUUUUCUCUCAAUCGCCUUCGGUUCCUCGCUUCAAGAAUCACAAUCCGUAACGCUCGCGAAUUAAUGGCGCCACUCUCUAGCUAACGACACUCCGUUUCGUUACCAUUAACUUCGGUUUAAGCAGAAACGCUGAUGGAGAAGAGCGAAACGACGCUGGAUUUAGCUUCGAGGAAAUCGGCGAGGCAAUUGGAUUUCACAGCGGUCCGUGGAGGUCCGACACUCCUGAAACUGUCGCCACCGAUGCCACAUUCACCGUUGCAGUCGCGUCUUCCGGUGGAGUUGCAAUCGGAUUUUCAGUCACGAGGACAAGGGCCGUGGUUACAUUCACAGCCAUGGUGGCUACAGCAGAGAACGUCACAGUCUCCGGUAAUGCCGCAUUUACUAUCACCGCGGUCUCAGUUAUCUUCGCCGGUUCUUCGAUUACCGCACCCCGCGCAGAAACUUCCGGUGAAGAUGUUGCAAGUGGUAAAGCAGGAGUCUCCUAGAUCACUGCCUCAAAAUAAUGCAGGAUUAAAGGACAACACUCCAAAGAAACAAAAACAAUGUAACUGCAAAAAUUCUCGAUGCCUUAAAUUGUAUUGUGAGUGUUUUGCAUCUGGGAUCUAUUGUGAUGGUUGCAACUGUCUAAAUUGUCAUAAUAAUGUGGACAAUGAGGCUGCCCGACAGGAGGCAGUUGGAAUAACAUUGGAACGCAAUCCAAAUGCUUUCAGACCAAAAAUUGCAAGCAGUCCACAAAAACCACAAGUUUCUAUGGAGGAAGUGUCUGAAAUUCAAGUAAUAGGAAAGCACAAUAAAGGAUGUCACUGCAAGAAAUCAGGUUGCCUUAAGAAGUAUUGUGAGUGUUUCCAAGCCAACAUCCUCUGCUCUGAAAAUUGUAAAUGCAUGGACUGCAAGAAUUUUGAAGGAAGCGACGAACGAAGAGAAGUCUUUCAAGAAGAGUGUAGUCUAUUUCACAUCAGACAGGCUACUAAUGCUGCCAUUAGUGGAGCAGUUGGACCCUCCAGCACUGGAACCCAUAUAACACCCAAGAAGAGAAAAAUCCAGGAAAUAUUUUCUGGCAAAUCAGUCAUAGGUCAAACUGUUAACACAGCUGCUCAAUACCAACAGGAACUUGAUCCUUUAGCUUCAUCACCUUUAUCCCUGUCAGCUUCCUUUGUUUCUGACACUGCCAACACAAGAAUUUCAGGGUCUUCAAGAUCCACAUACAGGUCUGUGUUGGCUGAUGUCCUCCAGACACAGAACGUGAAGAAUCUUUGUUCACUUUUAGUUGUUCUCUCCAGAGUAGCUGCAAAGACAAAUGCAGAAAUGAGAGAGAAAGUAGUUAGGAAAAUAGAGACUGGUAAAUAUGAAGCUUCUAUUGCUUCAUCAGCUCAAUUGCUGCAAGACAAUAGAGAGGUUGUCAAGCCUGUUUGUCAGGAUCAUGUAAUUAUAGAGGAGGCAGAUGCAGUUGAUAUUGACAACCGUAAUAGGCCAUUGUCACCAGAAACGCUUGCGUUGAUGUGUGAUGAACAGGAUGGGAUGUUUUUUGGUAAUGGUUCUGCAAAUGGAGUUGCAAUUGACAACACUAAUCAGAAUAUGAUUCAAAAGUCUUCCAAUUCUGAUGGAUGCACUGAUGUUUAUGAAGAACAGGAAAGGCUUAUCCUGACCAAGUUCCGGGAUAUUCUUUGUGGACUCAUUACCCUUGGUAGCAUAAAAGAAACAAUGUACUCUUCAUUAGUGAAGAAAGAUGUGGGAAUCAAGAAAGAAUCUGCAGACAAUGGUGAUAGGGGCCACUGCUGAAACCGACGGAAUUCUCAGCAACUGCACUGCCAAUUGCUCCAUCCCAGCGGUUAUUGAAAUAUACCAGACUACCUAUGCAAAGACAAAUGGACAUGAUACUAAUGAACUUUCAUUGAGAUUGCCUGCGGAUUGAAGAAUCGGGGCAAUAAUCUGAUGUAUUGUGAAAGACUUCCUAGUGACACGACUUGUAUAUUGUAGUGAAAAGGAUUAUUAGUGUUUGUGCAGCUUGGAAUUGCUGCCACAGUGCCACUUAUGUGCAUAGUUAGAUAUUGGUCCCGUUCCCUUACAAAUAGUUAGUCUGGAAUAGCCAACAACUACAUGUAAGUUUUGGCCUGGACAGAUAUUUUGUGUUUACUUCAAGUGCUGACAUGUAAUUUCGUUUAAAAUCCAUGUUUGGCCUGAGAAAGAUGCAACUUAUAUGUGAAAAGAAAAUUCAAGUGUGUUUAGAUAAA